CAUAAAUUUGAGCCCAAAAAAAAUUAAAUAUAUAUCCUUUUUUUUGUUUACAAAUUUUGUCACUCCUUCCAAAAACCAGAGAGAAAGAAGCGCCAUGAACGUGGAUUCGCCUCAGAGUCAGAACACUUCACUUCAACGCCUUCAAAAUGUUGAGAAGAGAGUAGUUAGGGUUUUGGAAUUAGCUGGUGGAGUCAUGGAUGAACUUGCAAAUCCGUCUGGCCCUCGCAAGGAUUCGCUCAACAACCAUUGUGGCGAAUUUAUGCAACUAAUUAAGGAUAUCCAAGUGACAUUGCGAGAAGAGAUUAAGAGUGCAUGUGAGUAUCGACCAUUUGAGAAGUGUGAUUACAGUGCAAGAUUAUCGAGUGAGGUUUCUUGCAAGAAGCUGGAGUAUGUUCUUUCUCAGCUUGAUAAGAUGGAGGAGACUAUUAAUCAGUAUCAAGGUUCUGCAUAAUGAGGAACAAGAGUCUGCAUGGUUGGCUGCCUGCUUUGUGGAUGAAAGAAACCAGUUGGUUCCAGGAUGACUGGAGGAUUGUAUAUGAGCUGUGACCAAAUCAUUUAUAUUCCAACUUAUUACUGUUUGUAAUUUAGGCUGUUGUAUGUACCCUUAAUGUUAGGCAUUUAGAUGUAUAACCAUGCUUUGGGAUUUUGCAUUGUUUUUGCUGUAAUUCGUUAUUUUUAGCAAAGAUGUGUUGCAACUUU